GUCGAAUAUAAAUCGAACCAAAGAGAAUAUAGAUUCAUUUUUCGAAUUUUAAAAUGUCGGAUGUCGGUUAAAAUAUAAACAUAUUUUGAUUUGAUUGCUUUUCAUUUUAAUUCAAGAUAUAAUUUUAUUCUUUGUCUUUAUAACGAUAGCUUGCUUAGAUCGAAGUUUAACUGGAUAAUUCAAAAUGCCACGCACAAAACGUCCUGCGCGUAAACAAGACCAAGGAUCCGAAAACGAUGCACUGUCGAAAAUAGAUAAACUUGCAACUGAAUGGAAAAACAAAUUUGACUCCAAAGCACUCAUGCAAAUAAAGAACAUUGAGCUAUCCUUUAAGAUCCUCUUGGAAUCCAUAAGUGUGGAAGAUUUGAACAAAACUGUUGGACAAUUGAAAGCAGAAGCCACCAGACAACCCAGCCGUGCAGUUUCCCAUGAUGAUGGGUACUUAUCAGCGCCCUCAGUGGAUGGUUCCGGAGGCAAGAGCACUAAGUCAAAAUUGGUGAUGCUCGUUUCCGCAGUCCCGCCCUCCGCGUCCCGCGGGCGUCGCUCGCGCUCCGCGGACGCGUCCGCGCGCUCCAUCAAGACAGUGUCCCGGCCGACGGCGCAGAAGCGACGGUCGCGAUCCGUGUACAAGACCCCGGCAUACCAGGCCCCGGCGUACCCCACCUCCGUCUACAAGACCCCAGCUUACAACAAGAACUCGUCCGUGCAGUACCCGGCCAUCACUCCUAAGGUGGCACCUAACACCCCGUUGGCAGUGUUGCGGCAGCCGCGGCAGGGGGAAAUGGUGUUCUCGAUGUCCGGCUCACCGCUCAUGGCGUCCUCUUACAACACAAUGAAACCUCACGAGAAGGCAAAUUGCAAUAUAGUUCUCCAAGACGGCACAACUCUGUCUCUCCAGCCUCAGCAACUGAGAACCUCUCAGCACUCCAUCCCAUUCUCUCUCAUGGACAACACAGUGCUAAACCAGCUCAAAACGCUCAAGGACAACCUGGAAAAAGUGUGCAAGCUGGGCGAGAAGGUCAUUGACUGACUGUGACUGUACCCUAAAAAACCAGUGCUUCUGGACCCAUGGGGUGGUGACCCUGUUCCAGAAAACGCUGAACUUCAACAAAGUCCUCAGAAACCGCUGAGAAGCACUUAAAGAGUGUGGGAACCCCUACAAAAGACCUAUGUCCAGCAGUGGAUAUGAUUCAGUUGAGGCGAGACGAUUCUUAUUUUUAGUCUAUUUUAUGGUAUAAAAUUAGUAUAACUUGAUUGCUAGGCUUAACAAUGCAACCCACUUUUAUAAGUAACAUCGACGUAUAUUACGUUGCUAACGCAGAAAUGAUUUACCUAGCGACAAUUGGAGUUUACAGUUGACCAAAUAAAUUUCAGACCUUUUUUCUUGUCAUUAAGAUCGCUUCUUAUCUUACUAAGAGGCUUCUUGACAAUGUCGACGCGUAUGUACCAAUAGGUGGCAAAAAAACGUAUCACACCAUUUUCGCGGCUACCAACACAGUUAUAUCUGCGCGGACAUACUUUUGUUGUAACUUAUAAUUAGGCGUAGAUUAGGUAGGUACUGUACAUACUUUAGUGUUGUGGAUGUCUUAAUGUGUGGAUUCUUAUAUGUAUUUUGUUUAUUGCUAAUUAUUGAUGUUAUGGCUGUUUUUAUUGUAAUGUAUGUGGAAAUAUUUAAGAUUUUUGUCUUGACAGUACUUACGAAUUACCGAUUCAACAUUUUGCAAGCACUGGUACUGUGGUAGUUACACAAACAGGAUGAAACUUAUCACAGCUCAUAGUAACAGCUAAAUAACAAAAAAAGUAGCAACGCGCGAGUGUCUGUAAAGACGCUGCUGACACCAUUUAAAGAACAAACUCGCCGUUACUUAUGACUUUUCUGUAAGAUAACAGUUUACACUAGGAAAAUGACAAAAAUAUUGCAAAAUAGGAGGGUAGUUUCUAGUAUUGAUAGUUUUGUAAUUAAUCAAUAAUAAUUAAUGUAUUGCCAAAAAAUUUAAUUGUAUUUAUAUUGAACAAUA